AAAUGGAAUAAACAACAAACCAGAAGAAGCUCGGCAUUAGCGACGGCGAUCGCAAACUCGAACAUCUCGCGCACAAAAUAUACGGCAUCUCUUAACCUAAUCCAUCUCCAAAAAACGCACUAUUAAAUCAGUCAAAUUUCUCAUCUCCAUCGCCGGAAUCAAUGGCGAUCUCCAGCCUCCUCACUCUCCCCAACGUCCUCCUCCUCUCCGUCCUCGCUCUCUACGCCUCCAAUGGCUUCCCCAGCCUCUUCCAUCCCCAAUCAAAGCACACAAACAUCGUGUUCUACGUCCACGACUACUUCACCGGGGAAGACGCCUCCGCAAUCGCAGUCGCCGGCACAAAAGGACCGAAAUCGACGAUUCUGGAGUUCGGAACCCUAGUCGUCGUCGACGACCCGGUGACGGAGGGGCCGGAGAUCGGGUCGCCGGAGAUCGGCAGGGCUCAAGGUAUGUACGUGAACUCUAAACUGGACGGGAAAGGGCUGUAUAUGGUGUUCUCGGUGGUGUUCACCGGCGGCGAGUUCAGAGGGAGUAGUUUGGAGAUUCAGGGCUCCGAUUUGUUCACGAUGAAGGAGAGGGAAUUUGGGGUCGUUUCGGGAACCGGUUUUUUCCGGUUCGUUAAGGGGUUCGGGAUUAUGGAGACCCAAACCAUGGAUUUGGCUAAUUUGAGAGCUGUCAUUAAACUUAAUGUUACUGUAAAACACUACUAAUUUAGUUACCAAUACCAUAGGUUAAACAAAUUUGCAAAAAUCACCCACUAAACUUUGUUGUUGUACUGUAUUAAGUUAUAAAAAGUUUGGAAUCCAAAUAAUCGAGUUGGAUC